AUGGGCGGUUUCAUGUAUGUCAAUGGAGAGGGACGAGUUCUGGCUACAGCUCAACACCUGGCGGAGGCGAAGGACCUUUCAUACGCAAACCCAGAGACCACAGUGGAAGAUAUCAAAGAUAAAAGCAAGCAGGAUUGGUUGGCCAAGCUCUUUGCUGCUCUUCAAAUCUCGCAACUCAUCCUUUCCGUCAUUACGCGACAUAUUCAAGGUGUAGACUUUUCGCAGCUUGAAACAGUCACACUCUCCUUUGCCAUUUGCGGCGUGCUGAUAUACUGGACCUAUUUUCAUAAACCCCAAAAUAUCGAACGGCCGAUUGAGCUCAAAACUGAUACACCACUUUCUAACGACGUAUCACAAAACAAGGACAAUGAUGCUCAAAAGGCUAUCCCUUGGUUCUCGUCGUUACAGUCAGAGAAGACUUUUGAUAGUUUUUGGGCAAUCAUGCUGAAUAAACAAACUGGUUCCAAGAAGACUGACAGUGGCAAGUCCGAGAAGGCACCCAGAAUCUCGAACGAUAAUAUACCGGUUUACAAAGGCAACAAUGACGUUUAUCCCGCGGUAUAUUUACUGGCACUAGCUUCUGGGCUUUUUGGUGCUAUACAUGCAAUUGCCUGGCGGUUUGAGUUUCCUACUGAUGCAGAGAAGCUGCUUUGGCAAAUAGCUACGUGCAUUUCCGCAGCGAGCCCCGUCCUUGGCCUGCUUGUAAUCCCCUUUGCCCAGUUUACAAAGACAUCUGGAGAUCCCGAGCUAUUCGCGGGAAAUUGCCUAAGGCUAAUGCAAGAAUAUUCCUGGCACGCCUCCAGUACAUCUCGGAUCACCGAUGCAAUCGAAGAAUUAGAGAAUGCCAUCGCUAAAGGCGAACUAAAGAAAUAUUCAGCAAUCUUUUGCGAGACAGGAGAUAACUCGCUCAUGAUUGAUCUUCGAGACUUUUUGGACUUGAAAGGUAACUUUGAAAAUUUACGUACGGAACCAUUUGAGUUACACGAUGACAAGGGAUUUGUUCAAAACUUUCACCGCCUUGUCAAUUCAGUGAAUGGUACAGAGACCAAGAAAAUCGAAGAUGCAGCUCGAACUGGCGUGUGGCCCAGGCAGCCGCUGCUUCCCCGCGGUGUCAAUCAGGGUGUUUUGUACUCGACUGGGUUUCUUUACUGCGCUUCUCGUCUGAUAAUACUGGCAAUUUCGUUUUCCAGUCUUCGGAAGAUGCCCGGAUCUGUUUAUACCGCGACAAAUUGGACCGAGUACAUGCCCACGUUUGGUGCAAUGGGUGGAUGA